GGCGGGCGCUUUGAUGGGACCAGGCGAGGUAUACCGUUAAUUGAAUAUCCUCACUACAUUGGUGGCUACUGGCCGUGAAUGGUGCCCAGGAUCAUAAGGCAUAGCAUCAUAUCGUUGUUUCCCUGCAUUCGCCACUCAUUUCCCGGUUCAUCGAUCCUCCUGACCAUUCCAUCCCCCGUCCACACCUUGUCAACCUCCCGCACCCUAUUCAGAAUCACCCGACCGAGCUCUAUAAUCCUGAGCAAAUGCCGAGGAGCCCCAAGAUUCAUUUCGUUCACGAAAAUGAACCCGGAACGCCUCUGGACGCUACGCAAAUCCGGGCGCUACGGUCACAUGUGCGGCAAGUCAACCUGGAGAGACUGCAACAGCGAACUACUCAACGAAUGGAGAACUUUCGAUCCUUGUCCGUCGACGACUUCUCCCAGAAUGGAGAGAUCAGACCCGAAAAAAGAAGAUUUGUGUCGCGCUCCGAGCCGAGAGAUACUCCUACCACCUCGCAAAUGACUUCAGAGCCCGAUGAGGAGGCUCGAAUACAUGAGCCGGAGCAGUCUGUAGCAAGUUCUCGACGAUACUCGUUCUUGCUUCCAGGAAGACUACACUCAGACUCUAGGCAGGGAGGCCGCCCCGCCUCUAGUAUACCAGGUCCCCAUCCUUACACAUCAGACAUCUCGGCAGUCACAGGGCUAGAUGAAGCCAGAGUGAAUCAAUUGCUGACUAGCAAUGCCUUUCAAAUGGCCAUUGCCCCUGUGAUCACAGCAGAACAUGGUGAAUGUGACGUGGCAAGUUUGUCAGUGUUCCCUGAUCUUCUCGGGAAUUCGGCGUUCCUGUUCGCUCUCGUGCAUUCCAUGGUCCUCUCAUCCAACUCUUGGACAUCUUCCAAUGAGAGUCUUCACCUCAAGGGCCGGGCUAUCGAAUGUCUUCAUGAAGCCUUGCCACGGGACAAUACUACUGUACGAUCUCUGUCUAUCUGCGCUAUACUGAUGCUUUGUCAUGCUGCUUCUCGCUCUGGCGAACAUAACGAGUAUGCAGCUCACUCGGAAGGACUUUACCGGCUCAUGCAAGUAUGUAGGUCUAGCGGAUCGGCGCUCCCUUCAGAUGUCCUCCGCGCAGUAUUUUGGCACGACCUCACUGGUGCUGGUAUCUCUGGAGCACCACGGAGAUUUUCCGAGGUAGACUUUCCAAGUCUGUUCGACGCUAUCCUGGAUCAUACUCAUCAGGUUCGGCAGGAGUUGCCAUUUGGCUUCGUUUCCCAUGAAGAUGUGAUACACCAUGACACACUCUUGUGCAUCAAGGAGAUCAUUGGACUCCAGAAAAUGGUGGCGAUGAACUCGAUCCAGCCCGUGGCAGUCGAUAACAUCCGAGCGUCGAUAGUGUCUCGCCUUGUAGUCCUCCCGCAAGCCUCUGAGAACCUAGGACCGGUGUCUGAAUGUUGUCGACUAGCAGCAUACGUCGUUUGUCAUUUGUGCUGCAAGGAAGCCCGUGCCCAUGCAUAUGUCCCCGUCAGUCUCUCCGAAAAAUUGGCACAAGUUCUCCACGACACAAUCAGGGACGAAGCUUGGAACCUCCGACACGAUUUGUUGCUGUGGCUGGUAUUUGUGGGUGCAUCUGCAUCGAGAUACCCCGGCGACGCGCUCCUGGCGCCGAAUCCGCAAUACCAACAGAUCAUGGAAAUAAUUCUACAGCUAGCCAACACGUGGGUCAAACGGCGCGAGGGUGAUUUGGUUCUUCAGAUUGCCAAAGCAGGAUUUAUGUAUUCCGACGACUGGAUCGCCCGCCGACAUUCAAUCCCAUCCUGGACAGAGUUGGAACGAACGGUCUCGGAGGCGACAUCUUCGGACAAAGAAUCGCAGGAUCGGUGAUACACCGCGCCCAGGUGUCGCAAUUUCACUGAAAGGGAAGACCUGGCCUGCCGUAUUGGGAAGUGGAACCUAGUGUUUGCCAGCUCGUCAAAGGAGUGGCGGUGGCGAUCGGUAGUCCAAGGAGGUAGUUCUCCGAUACUACGAGUGCAGAGGGCUCAUAAACCAGGCACGAGUCUGCGUCUAUGGUAUUUCGACUCUCGGGACCUGCACUUGUAUGCUCUCCAAUGAUGGAUCACAAACACGCGACUUUCAACGGAUGUACUUUGAUCGCUUGAUGUUCGACCUCAACUGACCAUACCGUUUCGAACAAGAGAAAACCAUGCAGGACACUUUACGAGACACCAGCCGCUAUCUACCCGAAGCCCAAUGAAAAAGCCUGGCAGGAUGGCGAUCGAAGACAUUUCUACUGUUGUGUGACUAAUUGGGAAGCCAUUGUCACAUGUUACACGCACUGCAGGUGAUUGAAUAAUGAGAUAACAAGUAAUGAG